UAAACUAUCACCGCCUCUGUCCAUUAAAAAAAAAAAAAAACUCCGUCUAAUUCCAGAAGCUAGCUGCGGCUGCGUAGCUCGGUCCAGACUCCGAGAAGAAGAGGUUUUGGUGACUUCCCGUCUUCCAUCGCUCAAUUCUGAACUCCGAAUCAAAAUCGCAGAGAUGUCUGAUCCGUACGAGCGGGUGAAAAGUGGAAGAUUGGCCUUCAAAGGAGGAACCUUAGCCACUCGCACCAAAGGCAUCGACAAGAAGAAGAAAAAGAAGAACAAGAAAGAACCCUAACGAACAUGAUGAAAACCCAGCCAUCGACGAGGAGCAGCAGCAGCAGGAAGGUGAGGAGCGUACACGAUUGACGCCGCGAAGCGAAUGAAGUACGAACAACUCUUUCCCGUUGAAGCCAAGAAAUUCGGUUACCAACCCAAAACUAACUUCAAGUCCGUUGAAGAUGCUCUCGAUGACCGCGUCAAGAAGAAGGCUGAUCGUUACUGCAAAUGAGUACUCCUUUUAUUUGUAAGAAUUCACCUAUUACCCUCUAGUCCUUUACCUUUAGCAAUUUUUAGGGUUUGGAAGUUGAAUUGAAUUGCUUGAGGAUGCAGCCAUUUUCGGCUUUGUGAUCAAUUCUGAUUUGUACAUUUUGAAUGAGCUGCACUGAGAUUAAAAUCUUGUGUAAUUUAUCUCUCUUUCUUAGUUAAUACUUAAUACAGUGAUUAGCCUUCAUUA